AUGGCGCUACCGGCGGCGUCAGCCCCUCCGGGGCCCUUGUGCACGCGCAGUGCAACCAGUGCGACCCGCAAGGCCCCUGGUCGCGUCACCGCCACCGUUGCUUUGGUGUCGGCUUUGUCUGGGAGAACUGGGAGGCUGCUGAACCUUGGGCGUCGAGCAAGCGUGAGCACCUAUCGCAAGCGGGAGGAGAAGCGCGAGCAACGGCGACGUUGGCUCGAAGACAUGGAGCGGCCGGAGGAGGAGACUGAGAAAGUGGAAGUGCCUAGUGGUGCCGCUCCCGUUUUCGCAGCUGCUGCUGAGGAGGACUCUGGUGGAACAUCAUCCAGAACCCAACCGGAGCCACUGAACUGGGAUGAUCCCGGCCUCAAUGUCUUGGAGAGAGCGAGACUAGCUGCAGAGGAUUGGGGCGAAUGGGACGAAUCCGGCUGGUCCACGGAUCCAGCUGCCAGCUAUGGCACGGACGAGGUGAUUCCCCUCCCUCGGAUCUUCAAAAGGAGGCGGGGAGAAGCUGAGGCCCCCAAGGCGAUCAAGAACUUUAUCGAACUUCACCAACUUGGACUUCGCAAACUGCCCAAGCUGGCCCGGGGCGAGACGCGGCCCGCCAUCUUCUGCGGCUCGGAUCCCGCGCACGAUGGGCGACGAGGUGCAGUGGACGAUGGCAGAGGCGAUUCACUGGGUCGUAUGGCUGUUGCCGUGCACAAGGGCUUCAUGCGUCAGCGUGCCCGGUGUCACCCCACGGGUGAUGUGACUGGCAGCUUUCCUCUACCCGAGCGACCAGAGGUGGCCUUUAUCGGUGCUUCCAAUGUGGGUAAGUCGUCCUUGUUGAAUGCUUUGACUCGCACGCAGAAGUUGGCACCUGCCAAGGAUGAUCCGGGCGUGACCAGAUCCAUUGACUGGUACAAAUGCAGCCGGCUACCGGUGGAUGUGAUUGACCUUCCGGGCUACGGCUAUGCCAAGGGGUCGCACUACGGUCCGCUGGUGGCCGAUUUCAUCGUUCACCGGAAGUCCUUGCGCUUGCUCUACUGCUUGGUGGACGCCAGAACUGGGAUUCGUCCCUGCGACUGGAAGUUCUACGCUUCACUGGGUGAGAAGGGCCCUGAAAAGGUCUUCAUCUUGACGAAGUGUGAUAUGGUGAUCCCCAAGAGUUUGGCGAAAGUGGCCACCAUCGUCUUGGAGGACAUCAAGAGCAUCCCCAAAUCCAGUCAACGACUGAUCAUGGCCUCUGCUCGAAUGGGUCAAGGUAUGCACGAUCUGCGCUGCCACCUUUGUUCAAGGGCAGUAAGCAUGAUUCGGGAAGUGAAGAAACGACAAGAGAAGUUGGAGAACGCUGCUUGA